CGUCCGCGGCGUAUACGACUAUCAAGGAGGCAGCUGUUUCGUUUCCGUCUCUCGUCCACCAAACGGUUUUAGUCUAGUUCCUGUGUCGGUACCAAACCGUCAACCGCCACUAUAUACGCGCACGAACCGUUCACACAGCGAAUAAAAUUAUUUUUUUUUGCAAACAUUUUACCGAGAAAGGUGCCCCAAAUUUGAAAUAUUUUAUUUUUAUUUUUUGCGGCCCUUUUUUUUAAUACUAAUAUAGUAAAAUUAAAAAGGUGGUUUGCCAUAAUUUAUCGCGAAUUUAGGUACAUACUACGUGCUAUGAUUGAAUCGCAUACGGCGUGUACAUAGACGAUAUUAUAUUAGCUAUUAUAUUAUAGCUACGAUAUUAUAAGGCUCCAAAUAACAAUCACGAUUGGCGCCGAAUUGGAUAUAGGUGCUAUGUCCAUAAACUGCAAUAAUACAUUAUUGAACAUUUGAACGGCAAAACAUUUUAUUGAUUCCAGGUCAUCGCAAUAAAGACAUAACAGACAUUUCAUCGUUUAAACGUUUUUCGUCAUAAGUGGGAAUGACGGAAGGAUUUAAAUCAAAAGAAAUUAUUUUACAAGCUCAAAAAAAAUUUUUGGGCAAAGUAACCAAUAAAAAUGUUAUAAAAUUAUUUAUACACGAACGCAAUGCAAAUAUUUUGGAUAAUUUGUAUCGACUUGCGAAAAUUUACACGGGAAAUAAGAAAGAAUCCGAGAAGUUGACGAAAAAUAUAAUCAAAAUAAUCGUUAAAUUAAGUAUUUUAUAUAGAAAUGAUCAAUUCGACAGUAAUGAAUUGGAAUUAGCAAAUAAUUUUAAAGAUAAAUUUAGAGAAUUAACUAUGAUUGCAGUAAGUUUUUAUGAAAUAGAAUUCAGUUAUGACAAAAAUUAUUUAAUAAAUUAUUUAUUUAAGUGUAGAGAAAUACUAAAAGAGCUAACCAAAAGACAUCUCACAGAUAAAACAUUGUCCAGGGUAGACAAAAUUUUUGAUUUUUUUUCAAAUUCUGUAUUUUUAGAUUCAAUUUUUAUUAACCCUGCAGUUUCCGAAUUAACGGAAACCGUGCAAAUCUUAAUUAACGAUUUAAAGGAAUUACUGGAUAAAGACUUAUAGUAUAAUAUAAUAUACCUACACCUACUAUAAUUUAUAAACAAUUUUUUAUAUUGAUUCUGUAUAUAUUUUAUGUAUUAUAAUAUGCGAUAUAGGAUACUGCUGGACACUUUAUACUCCAUUCUUGUAUAACAUUAAUUAAUCAUACUAUAGCCUAUAUAACUAUCUAAAUAUUACAUAUUUUAUUUAUCUGAUGUUAUUAUACUCAACAUGUCAUAUCAGAUAAUCAAUUUCAAUGUUUCAAUGUUUGUAGAGACUAAACAUAAUAAUAUAAUAAUAUAGUAAUAUACGUACCGGCCAACCUAUUCCUAAUAAUUAAUAAUUAUAAUAUUAUCUAUUGAUUUGAGCCUGACGCCCCAACAAUAUUGUUUAAGAAAAAUGUUAUAACUAUUUUUGAUAGCAACCACGGUUAUAAUCUAUCAGGAACUAAAUAGGUAAAUAUGCUAUUGAAAUAUAUUUAAAACACAAUAUGUGUUUAACACAAAUAUGGAAAUUACAAUACUAUUUACGACUAGUAUAUAAAUUAAUUAAACUCAUACUUUAAGUUACCUGCUUAAUUUAAUUAUUAUUCUCAUUAUUUAUAUAUUUUUUUUCCAUUUCAAUUUCUAAUAUAUUAUUGUAAAAUUAUCAUAAUUCAUAGCUAUAAAUUGUAUACUGUGAAUUAUUCACUGUAUUAUAUAUUUAUAUGUAUAUUGUAUAUACAUCUACUACAUUGUUAAUAAACGUAUAUAACAGUGUUUUCACACAAUUAAUUUUGUAUUUA